GCAGUUUCUUUCAGGCCUCUUUUGUCCCUACACGGCCUACACAGAGGAUGCACUCAAUAGAUGCUGUUUACACGUCGGCUGUUUCAGCAGUGCACAAACGAGCAGCAUCCCAGGAGUUAGCAAAAAGAGACUGACCCGGGUUGCACUGCGGCGGCUGAGCUUUUGCCUUCUUCCUCCUCUAGGUAGCUGCGAGAUGGGUGACUGGAGUUUCCUGGGGAACAUCUUGGAGGAGGUGAAUGAGCACUCCACGGUCAUCGGCAGGGUCUGGCUCACUGUGCUGUUCAUCUUCCGGAUCCUUAUUCUGGGCACAGCGGCGGAGUUCGUGUGGGGGGAUGAGCAGUCCGACUUCGUGUGCAACACCCAGCAACCCGGCUGUGAGAACGUCUGCUACGAUGAGGCCUUCCCCAUCUCCCACAUCCGCCUGUGGGUCCUGCAGAUCAUCUUUGUCUCCACUCCAUCCCUCAUGUACGUGGGACACGCGGUGCACCACGUGCGCAUGGAGGAGAAGCGCAAGGACCGCGAGGCGGAGGAGCAGUCUCGGGGUGACGGGAGCGAGAGGGUGCCCAUGAGCCCCGACCAGGCGAGCAUCAGGAAGAGCAGCAGCAGCAGCAAAGGCACCAAGAAGUUCCGGCUGGAGGGGACCCUGCUGAGGACCUACGUCUGCCACAUCAUCUUCAAGACCCUCUUCGAGGUAGGUUUCAUCGUGGGCCACUACUUCCUGUACGGUUUCCGCAUCCUGCCCCUCUACCGCUGCAGCCGCUGGCCCUGCCCCAACGUGGUGGACUGUUUCGUGUCCAGGCCCACUGAGAAAACCAUCUUCAUCUUGUUCAUGCUCUCUGUGGCCUUUGUGUCCCUCUUCCUCAACAUUAUGGAGAUCAGCCACCUGGGCCUCAAGGGUAUCCGAUCUGCCUUCAAGAGGCCAGUGGAGCAGCCACUGGGGGAGAUCCCUGAGAAAUCCCUUCACUCCAUUGCCGUCUCCUCCAUCCAGAAAGCCAAGGGCUACCAGCUCCUCGAAGAAGAGAAAAUCGUGUCCCACUAUUUCCCUUUGACUGAGGUUGGGAUGGUGGAGACAAGCCCUCUUUCAGCCAAGCCCUUCGGACAGUUCGAGGAAAAGAUUGGCAGCGGAUCCUUAGCUGAGAUGCCCCGGGGUUACCAAGAGACGCUGCCCUCCUACGCUCAGGUGGGAGUGCCUGAGGUGGAGGCGAAGGAGCCUGCGGUGGAGGAAGCUGCAGAACCAGAAGUAGGAGAGAAGAAGCCAGAAGCAGAGAAGGUAACCCUGGAGGCACCUGAGACAGUGCAAGUGCCGGAGGGAGAAAAAGUGGAGACCCCUGGAGUGGGGACGGAGGGAGAGAAAGAAGAGCUGCCAGCCGAGAAGGUUUCCAAGCCAGGACUGCUGGCUGAGAAGACGCCAUCGCUGUGUCCUGAGCUGACCACCGAUGACAUCAGACCCCUGAGCAGGCUGAGCAAAGCCAGCAGCAGGGCCAGGUCAGACGAUCUAACCAUAUGAAGUGGUGCCCAAGGAAGAAAGCUUCCAGCCAACACGGGGCAAGGUGAAAUGGAAAGGUAUCCACAUGGUUUGAGUCCACCGUCUCUUCCCCUCCCCCUCGUCCCUAGUUGGACAAACAGCGGCCUUGGCACAGUGCCUGCUGGACAACUAAGAAACAGCAUCUCCAGCUGACUCCCUUCCCCCGCCAAGGGCUACCUGGAUAAACCUGCUGUCCCCUCAGAGUUCCCAGCCUCGUAUGACUGCCCUGUUCCAAUACCCCAACUAUGGAAUGUUUCUUUUGUCUCAUUUCUCUAUAGAAACCCGUCAGAGUUGGGGUUGCCUCAGAGCCCUUUACUAGUGUUAAUCUCACUAACUCAGCCAGAUUCUAAUACCAUAACACUUC